AUGUAUUUAAGUAUAAUAAUCUUACCUUUAUUAGGAUGUAUAGUAUCUGGCUUUUUAGGUAGAAAAGUUGGGGUUAAAGGUGCACAACUAAUUACAUGUUCAAAUGUAGUAAUUACUACAAUAUUAUCAAUAUUAGCUUUUAUUGAAGUAGGUUUUAAUAAUAUUCCUGUUACUAUAAAUUUAUUUAGAUGAAUAGAUAGUGAAUGGUUUAAUAUCAUUUGAGGUUUCCAAUUUGAUAGUUUAACAGUUUCAAUGUUAAUUCCUGUAUUGAUAAUAAGUUCUUUAGUUCACAUAUAUUCAAUUUCGUACAUGAGUAGUGAUCCUCAUAAUCAAAGGUUUUUUAGUUAUUUAAGCUUAUUUACAUUUAUGAUGAUAAUACUUGUAACAGCUAAUAAUUAUUUAUUAAUGUUUGUAGGAUGAGAAGGUGUAGGAGUUUGUUCAUAUCUAUUAGUUAGUUUUUGAUUUACUAGAAUAGCAGCUAAUCAAAGUUCUAUAUCUGCCUUCUUAGCUAAUAGAGUAGGGGAUUGUUUUUUAACAAUUGGUAUGUUUGCUAUAUUAUGAUCUUUAGGUAAUUUAGAUUAUAGUACAGUAUUUUCAUUAGCCCCUUAUAUUAACAGUAAAGUAGUUCUUAUUAUAGGUAUAUGUUUAUUAAUUGGUGCUAUGGCUAAAAGUUCUCAAGUAGGUUUACAUGUAUGAUUACCUAUGGCGAUGGAAGGUCCUACUCCUGUGUCAGCAUUAAUACAUGCAGCUACUAUGGUAACUGCAGGUGUAUAUUUACUAAUGCGUAGUUCACCAUUAAUUGAAUAUAAUAGUACAGUUUUAUUAUUAUGUUUAUGAUUAGGUGCGAUAACUACUGUAUUUAGUUCUCUUAUAGGUCUGUUCCAACAAGAUAUAAAAAAAGUUAUAGCUUAUUCCACAAUGAGUCAAUUGGGAAUGAUGGUUAUAGCUAUAGGUUUAUCAUCUUACAAUGUAGCUUUAUUCCACUUAAUAAAUCAUGCAUUUUAUAAAGCGCUAUUGUUUUUAGGAGCAGGUAGUGUUAUACACGCUGUAGCUGAUAACCAAGAUUUUAGAAAGUAUGGUGGAUUAAUAAAUUUUCUACCUUUAACAUACUCUGUUAUGUUAAUAGCGAGUUUAAGUUUAGUUUUCCCUUUCAUGACAGGUUUUUAUAGUAAAGAUUUUAUUUUAGAAUCUGCUUAUGGACAAUUUAGUUUUUCAGGUGUAGCUGUAUAUAUAAUAGCUACUAUAGGUGCAAUAUUUACAACGCUAUAUUCUGUUAAAGUUUUAUACUUAACUUUUAUUUCUACACCUAGCGCACCUUUACAUACUUAUAAAGGUGCUCAUGAAGGUGAUUUAUUCCUUACUUUACCCUUAAUAAUUUUAGCUAUAUUUUCUAUAUUUUUCGGAUUUUUUACUAAAGAUAUAUUCAUUGGCCUUGGUUCUAGCUUCUUUGCUGAUAAUAGUUUAUUUAUUCACCCAACUCAUGAAAUCACUAUCGAUACUGAAUUUGGAGUUCCUGUAUUUUGAAAAUUACUUCCUUUUGUAUUUACAGUUUCAUUUAGUAUUGUAAGUUUAGUGUUAUCUGAGUAUUUACCAGAAUUAGUAAUAAAAUUUAAAUUAAGUAGAUUAGGUUAUAAUAUUUUUGGUUUCUUCAAUCAACGUUUUUUGAUUGAAUUAUUUUAUAAUAAAUAUAUUACAAAUUUAAUUUUAGAUUUAGGGGGACAAAUGACUAAGAUAUUAGAUAAAGGUAGUAUAGAACUAUUUGGGCCUUUUGGCUUAGAAAAAGGGUUAGUUAAUUUUAGUAAAAAUAUAUCAUCUCUAAGUACAAGUCAUGUAACGACUUAUGCAUUAUAUAUCUUAGUAGCUUUUAUUUUAUAUUUACUUUAUAAUUAUUUAUCUUUUAAUUUUUUACCAUUUCUUAUAGCUGGACUCACUAUACUAACAACGAUAUAA